AUGUCCUCUGGUGGUGGUAUGAAUCUGAACGCGAACUCUUUAGCCGACGAGGUGCAAAAUUACUUAUCCUCCGACUUUAAGCAGUACAACAAUCCUAAACAGUACAACAGCCAACAUGGUGGCCAUCAUCCAUCUAGUAGUAGCACUGGUGGAGGAGCGACGCCAUCAGGAUUCCACAAUGAUAUGGCGAACAGUAGUCUAGGGUACCAUUUGCAGCAGAGACACGCAGCUGGCAGGUCACAACAGGGGUUUCAUCAGGCUCCAGGAGGAGGACAACAGCACAAUGGACAUGGGGGAGGAAACGCAGCUUCUAUGCACCAGCUAAACCACACGACAGGAGGAUCAUCAGGUGCGAUGAUGCGGUCGCAUUCCUACAGUACCACAUCUAAUACUGGUACAGGAGGACCCCACGGACACCAUCCCAGUAACAUUAAUAUGGCAGGCGGACCACCAGGUAGUGGGGGAGGUAUGCCUAUGAGUGGGGGUCUAGGAAAUGUUGGCCCCACUUCAUCCUCUAGCACAACUAAUGGUGCCUUCAAUAUGCUACCACACCACCAAACUCUAGGCGGGUUCCAGAACCCUGCAGGUCCCCACGUCGUCAGCAACGGCCUCUAUGGCUCACAUAGCAGCACCGCCUUCAACAUCGACACCUUUCAGCAUAGUAAUCACAACCACAUGAACCUUGCUGGUAGUUGGAGCAUGAACAACACUGGUCCUGGUGGAGCUGGCACAAUAAACGGAAUGCACGGAGGACCUUCCUUGGGAGAUCAGCAAGACUUCAAAGAUCGAUUACGACUACUGAAAAAUCGAGUGCGUCAUGACCAUAGAGGAAUGUUGCGAUCAGAAGGAUCAAUGCAGCCGAGUACGUCAUCGAUGCACAAUUUAGAUCAACGGUAAAGCCAUUUUUUUACGUCACUAAGCACAUACUCACACGUACUUAUUGUUACUUCUUCUUGACAAAUAAGUGAGCUCCUCAUUCAUCUCGUUCUCAAAUCAUUUUUGUAUAAUAUAGCACGCAUGGAGUGCAUGGAGUAGCAUGGAGUGCAUGGAGCGCAGAGCUUUAAGGGGCGCAAGAAGCUCCCCCUUUCAUGCUACUCCAUGUGGUCCAUGCACUCCAUGCCAUGCGAGCUGUGAAACCUUUUAAAUUGCUCUGGUAUAUGUCAAUGAUCCAGGUCUGUAAUGUCCGCGGGCGAAGCGAUUCCUUGGGGUCUGGGUGUCAUCUCCCUUAGCAAGGUCGACCACAACUUCAGCAAUAGCAUCGCUUCCUCGCUCCAACAACAUCGAAGUGGCGGCACUCGUCGCGCUCUCGCACGUAGUCGAUCAACUGCGAGUGAUACGGGAGUUGGGACCUCUUGCGCAGGAAGCGCCAGUGGAGCUGGUGUCGGGUCAAAAAGGAGUGGAUUGGAUGUGACGCAUCGGCGCUGGCCACGAGCAAACGCAGGAGUUGUAGCGUCGUAGAGGAGGGAGAUCACUCGAACGAUGAAGAUUCAAAUCAUUUGCGCAGCACCAGCAGCUGCAACGGAUUAAGGAGCAAUAUCAUGAAUGUCAUUCUUACACUUGUUAUCUAUUCCUUGUAAUACUAACCACGAAGAUGCAUCUGCAUCAAUCUCCUGGUUCCAUCAAUCCAUCGAUUCUAAGUAGAUUCACAUUGUAGUUUAUAGUAAAUCAAGACACACUCGCACGUCGCAUUAUGCGAAAGCUAUCUCGCUCAACCAUUUGAACAGAAAAACAUCACAACAUGAUAAGCCAUAUGUUGAUUGCAUAGAAGAACUACAUCGUGUUGUUAGUAGCUAUUUUUGAAUAGAUAUACAUAGAAGAAAUAUUAACCAUAAGUAGAAAAAUCUUGUCCUAGUCCAUCUACUAGGUGACGAAUUGUCAUUAUCGUACUACUGUAAAAUUAUCAAAUCAAAAUUUUGGUGAGAACCUGUCCACCUCAAAGUUUGUACCAUGUAAUAUUGCAUCAACAUCGUGUAUUUGCAUCAAUGAAGAAGUCACUCAUUCACAACUGUGAAGCUGUGAGAGCCGUUUUUCAUUUAUUAUCAGGGGAACACGUUAUCGUUAUCUAUCCAGAAGAUCAUUAUCACCAUCGUCCACAAGCAGUCCUCGUGUUGUUGUAAUUACAAACCAUUCAUUCAAUUCGACGACUUACGAGUCUAUGCCACCUAAUAUGAUCGUAAGAUGAAUUUACCAGAAGUAUUGAAACUGAAGCUGAUCCUCUUUCGAAUCAAGUAAUCUUAACCAGCAUGUUGACACCAGUGUUACUCUUAGACCUAGAUGAAUUUUAGCAAAGGAUUAUGUUUAUGACCUGUUAGUAUGUUACGUGAACAGAAACCUGUUGUUAUAUCCAUUGUAGAAAUAUUCGAGUUAAGUAGAAGUUAGUCGUUAUGAUGAUUCAAAUUUACGCGCCGGUAGAAAAAACUUCCUAGCAAUAGCAUUAGCAGUGCUUGUUAAUCGUGAACAUUUUGAAAAAGAUGUCCCUUCAUGUUCAUCCUCGUAUUGAAGUAGUACUUGAUGUGCAUACAUAUGUGAUCGUUGACUUCAAAUUGAUAUUUCUUAUUGUUGCCCAUCCAUCACAUCCUCGUAUUCAAAUUUGUAGCUAUUUACCAUUUCAUAAUCUUGUCUUCUGAACUCGUACACCUACCCUCAGCUCGACGGAAGCUCGUCGAGCUUAAGUAGUUGAUGAUCACAUAUUUUUAUUAAUAAUGUCAUGCGUGGAUCGAUAAACAAUUUAUCUGUCACUCAAGCAUGUCUAAGCUUGUCAUAGCCACACACAAGUAGAGCCUUUCAUUCCACCAAAACUUGUAGCACAGACUCUUUCGUCAACUCAUCAAUAGCUCCGUCCUGUUCAUGAUCUGACUGUAGCAAACUAACUACAUCUAAGUACCUGUACUAUACAACAAGGAUAUAAGUCGACACAGAAAUUGCAUACCGCUAUCCUGAUCUACUCCUGCAUAGAGGAAGGAACUGCAUAGAAAUUAUGAUCAUAUUCAGACCAAGCAGCAGUAAGCAGGAUCAUGUAUCCAGGUAUCUGCUUCUCUUCCUCGGUAUAUCAUUCCAUAUUUAUGUCGUGCCACUCUGUAGAUGAAGUUGCGAUUUCAUAAUCAUGAAAUUUAGUAGAGUAUGUUCCUCGAUCAGACAUGGUAAGAAUAGUAGUGCAUAGCCGAAGAAAUUGGAUCAACAAGGCACGACCCAGUCGUGCAAGAGGAGCUGCACUGAUCAUGACGCCGGGCCGAAUUACAUCUCGGAUUCAUUGCCUGCCAUUGCGCCAUAGGGGCUGUCGCGAAGCAGCGUGCCCGCCUCUUGGAAGAUGUCUUAAGACAACCCCAUAAAGUAGACAGACUCUGCAUCGACCUGUUAAAUCUCGAUCUUCUUGUUCACUUCUAAAUCAUGGAUGAAGAGGGCGCACUCUAGUGCACAGAAGCGUCGUCAUACGACGAUCCAAAAAUAUUCAUUGAAUAGCAAUUGGUAUUUCAAUAAUCAUCUUUUCCGACGAGAGUAAGAAGUAGAAUUUACAAGGAAGAAAUGCCAUCAGAAACACUCUUAAUCGAGCAAGCUGUAAGGUAACAGUAACCUAUGAGAACUCACAAGCAGAGAAACUCUACUAUGAACCAUUAUUCACUAGGUGCCAGUUACGUGAUGCGCUUAAGCUUAGUUCCCAUUGAUUAUAGUUUCUCCCUUGUGACUGAAAACCUUCCUUGCCCUAGACAAUGUAAGCUAUCUUUGAAAUUUCUAUCACUUCCCUUAUUGGACGACAAGUUCGACACGACCCUUCUAGGAUCUACUAGCAUAAGACCGUCGUGUUCAUUCUGCUAGGUAUUCAGACACAGACGCUUUGAUCAGGAGUAAUUUGAGCAUUCCCGUACUACCACCUGCACCGUCUAAGAUGUUUAUAGAAAUGUAUGAAAGCAUGACCAUCUAGAAAUUUUAUACAGCUAAGAAACUGCAAGUGCAACAAGACACAGAUAAUCAAUUAUAGCAAGAACAAAAUGCAUUUCUAGCCUUUCAACUUUCUUUUGUGUUCCUAGUAAAAAUCCUACGUCCAGCUCCAUGUUCAGCUGCACGACUAUUGGCACUAACGCUUUGUUUUUCUUCCAGAGUGAGAACUAAUGAGCCU